AUGUUACACCUCAUUUCCUGCCAACAUAAAUAUUACACUUCCUCUCCUCACAAGAUAUUGCACCUCCUCUCCUCCCCUCCCAACAUAGAUAUUGCACCUCCUCCUAAUAUAGAUAUUGCACCUGCUCCCAACAUAUUGCAUCUCCUCCCAACAUAUUACAACUCCUCCCAACAUAGAUAUUAUACCUCCUCCCCUCCUCCUCCCAACAUAAAUAUUACACCUCCUCCCCUCCCAACAUAUUGCACCUUCUCCUCCCCUCCUCCUCCCAACAUAGAUCUUGCACUUCCUCCCCUCCUCCUCCCAACAUAUUGCACCUCAUCCUAA